CUUCCCUCCACUGUACCUCGUGUUUUCAAGAGUUUUAUACCUACACAAGCAAAAAAUGAUGCUCCAGACCACCCGCCGCCUUGCUUCGCAGCACACCGUGCGUGCCAGUGUGCGAGCCAUGUCGAAGUUUGCCGUGUCGAGCGAGAGCGUGCUGAACCAGCCGCUGUCACAGGCCGACCCCGAGCUGUACAACAUCAUUGAGCUGGAGAAGGCGCGGCAGCGUGCCGGUAUCUGCCUGAUCCCGAGCGAGAACUUCACGUCGCGCGCAGUGAUGGAUGCUCUGGGCUCAGUGAUGCAGAACAAGUACUCGGAGGGCUAUCCGGGCGCGCGCUACUACGGUGGCAACGAGUACAUCGACCAGUCCGAGUCGCUGUGCCAGAAGCGGGCGCUGGAGACGUUCCAUCUGGACAGCAGCAAGUGGGGCGUCAACGUGCAGUCGCUGUCGGGAGCGCCAGCCAACCUGUACGUAUACGGAGCGCUGCUGAAGCCGCACGACCGGCUGAUGGGUCUGGAUCUGCCGCACGGCGGCCAUCUGUCGCACGGAUUCCAGACGCCCACCAAGCGUGUGUCGUACUCGUCGGUGUACUUUGAGACCAUGCCGUACCAGUGCAACGAGGAGACUGGCCUGAUCGACUACGACGCGCUGGAGAAGAACGCCAAGCUGUUCCGUCCCAAGAUCAUCGUUGCUGGAGCCAGCGCCUAUGCGCGCACCAUCGACUAUGCGCGCAUGCGCAAGAUCGCUGACUCUGUUGGCGCCUACCUGAUGGCCGACAUGGCCCAUAUCUCGGGUCUGGUCGCUGCUGGUGUGCUGGAGUCGCCAUUCGACUAUGCCGACAUCGUCACCACCACCACCCACAAGUCGCUGCGUGGUCCCCGCGGCGCCAUGAUCUUCUUCCGCAAGGGCGUCCGUAGUGUCAACAAGAAGGGCGUCGAGACUCUGUACGACCUGGAGCGCCCGAUCAACAUGUCCGUGUUCCCUGGCCACCAGGGCGGCCCCCACAACCACACCAUCUCUGCCCUGGCCGUUGCCCUCAAGCAGGCGCAGUCGCCCGAGUUCGUCCAGUACCAGAAGCAGGUGCUGUCCAACGCCCAGGCCUUCGCCAAGGGCUUUGCUGAGCGCGACUACAAGCUCGUCUCUGACGGCACCGACACCCACCUGCUGCUCGUCAACCUGAUUGCCUCCAAGGGCAUCGAUGGCGCGCGCGUCGAGCGUGUCCUGGAGAUGGCCAAGAUUGCCGCCAACAAGAACACUGUUCCGGGUGACCGCUCUGCCAUGGUCCCUGGCGGUCUCCGCAUGGGCACUCCGGCCAUGACCACCCGUGGUCUGAAGGAGCAGGACUUUGCUCAGAUCGCCGAGUAUGUCGACCGGGCCGUCAUCAUUGCCAAGGAUGUCAGCAAGGACGUGUCGUCCAAGAAGUUCGCCGACUUCAAGGCCACCCUGGGCGAUGACGUCGAUGCGGUUCCGGGUCUGGCAGCUCUCAAGAAGGAGGUUGUUGACUUCUCGCGCAGCUUCCCGGCUGUUGGCUUCUCGGUUGAUACCAUGGUCUACAGGGACUAGAUAGCGGAUUUAAUUUUAGUUUCUAGAAAUACACGUCUUUCAAAGCCUCU